AUGACGUGUCAGAGUUGCGGGAAGGCCGGUCACAUCGCAUACGCCUGCCACUCGAAAGGAACCCAGAGGAAACAGGCGACUCACCAGGAGUCCUUGCACCCCAAAGAGCUACACACCAUGUCUGUGCAGCCGCUACAGACUGAGGAGGAGUUAGAUCACUUGGUGGCCCAAGGGGUUUUGGAGCCGGUAUCCCACGUGCUCUCGGAGACGCCAAUAGUCACUCCGAUUAAACCCAAUGGGGACGUCCACAUUUGCGCAGACUACAAAUACACAAUUAACAAGGUGCUGCAGGACCACACCUACCUGGUGCCGGUCAUCAGCCAUGUCCUGGCCAUGCUAGCUGGUCUCCCGCUGCCCGCCUGCCCGCUGGCGCUGCUGCUGCUGCUGCUGCUGCCGGCCGGGGCGCGCGGCCUGGGCCUCUACUCGCCCGACGACCCGCUGGCGCUGCUGGGGGCGGACACGCUGGGGCGCCGCGUCUUCCACUCCUCCAGCGCCUGGGUGGUCGAGUUCUACGCCUCCUGGUGCGGCCACUGCAUGCAGUUCGCCCCCACCUGGAAGGAGCUGGCCGGCGACGUCGAGGAUUGGAGACCUGCUGUGAUGCUGGGUGUGAUUGAUUGUGCUGAAACGACCAACCAGAAAAUAUGCUCAGAGUUUAAAAUUACUGGCUAUCCAACAUUGAAGUUUUUCAAGCCAUUCUCCACGAAUCCUGACGAUGGCAUAAGACUCUUGCAUCAUGGGGACGGCAUUCGAAGUCUGAGGGAGAGCAUAAUCUCCAACGUGGAAAGAAGUGGAGAUGCGUGGCCUCCAGCCUGCCCACCGCUCGAGGCAUUCAGUGCAGCAGAACUUCACAGUUUCUUCCAAGCAAACAGCGUGACGUACUUGGCCCUGAUAUUCGAGAAGGAGGACUCCUUUUUGGGCAGAGAGGUGACGCUGGACAUGGUCCAGUUUGACAACAUUGCGGUGAGGAGGGUCCUGCAGAGCAACGAGGAGCUGGUGAGGACAUUCAACGUCACCACCUUCCCUUCCGGCUUCCUGCUUUUCAGCAACGGCUCUUGCAAUAUUAUCCCUGUGCAUGGCGAUUCAAGACCGCUUUACACAAGCUUCCUGCGGAGAUUACCCGGUGUCGUCCGAGGGAGCUCCGUCAGCCCCACUGUGCAGCCGACUGCAGUUCCAACAACGACCCCUGCCCCCUGGAGGGUGGUGGACAGGAAAAAGUUGUACAUGGCUGACCUGGAGUCUGCGAUCGUGUACACCCUGAGAGUGGAGGCGGCGCGAUUCCUCUUCCUCGACAAGGAGCGUCUGUCUGCACUGAAGCAAUACGUGGCCGUUCUGGUCAAGUAUUUCCCUGGACGCCUCGUGGUCAUGAACUACCUUCGGAGCCUGGACAAUUGGCUGAGGCCGAGGACAAACGUUACGCAGAGUGAAUGGGAGGAAGCUCUGAGGAAUAAAAGAGAGCAUCCUUACGCCAGGCUGCCAGAGACCCCGAACUGGGUGGGUUGCCAAGGAAGCAAGCCCGAGUUCCGAGGUUUUCCGUGCUCGCUCUGGACUCUCUUCCACUUCCUCACGGUGCAGGAAGCCUUGCAGAGCCCCAGGUUUACCUCCCCGUCUGAAGUCCUUCCGACAAUGAGAGGAUACAUCCAUUACUUCUUUGGUUGCCGGGAGUGUGCGGAUCACUUUGAAGGCAUGGCCGCAGAAUCCAUGCACCGAGUGAAGAACAAAGAUGGCGCCAUUCUCUGGCUCUGGUCAAGGCACAACCGAGUCAACGCUCGUUUGGCAGGUACCCAAAGCGACGACCCCCGAUUUCCCAAGAUCCAGUGGCCUCCCCAGAUGUUGUGUUGGUCGUGCCAAUUAAUCAUCAACGGGAGACGCAUGUGGGAUGAGAGGGCCAUCUUGAGGUUCUUCAAGUCCCACUUCUCACGGAACAACGUCUACAUGGAUUACAUGAACUUCGAGAGGGGGAGACACGGUCGAGAGGUUGAGGAGCGCAACAUUGAGAGCGAAGGAAACUGGGAGGAAGGAGGAGGAGGGGAGGACGCCCGAGGAGCUGAAGAGAGGACCGAGAAACCCGAACAAGGGAGGGAGGAGAAAAGGCGAUCCGGCUCAGACCGGUCAGGUGGUUCCGAGCUGCGGAGACCAAGCAUUAUCAAGCUUGGCAAGAGCGCAAAGGCGAAAGAGCUGGAGGAUGACAUCGUCGAUCUGGAUUCCUUCAGUGAGCAGCACUACAAGAGCAAAGCUUUGAAAGCGGCCGCCCAGGCCGGCGAUGGACACCGGCGGAGCAGGAGGGACACGGGGCUGGUGCUGGUGGAGGACGAGAGCCGCCACCAGUCUUUCGAUCACGACGCAGUCUGGGAACGCCUCAAACGCAAGGGCUUGGGAGCCCAGCAGAUGAUGGAGGCCAUGGAGGAGGAAGUGGGCGGGGAGGGCGGGGCCGCCCUGAGGAGGAGCCAAUGGCUCCGCUUGCUGGGAGUCGGCUUUUCUCGGCUGGAUGUCAGCUUGUGUGUUGUUCUCUACCUCCUCUCCUCCAUGUGCCUGUUGGGCAUGUACACUUUCUUCCGUAUGCGCAUGCGGUACCGCAAGGGCCGCCCGGGCUUCCCGUUGGCCUGAAAGAGAAGCCGGGAAGCUGCAGUCGAUAGGGUGGAGGCACGGGGGGGGGGCGACUGCCUGGUGGGCGCCCCCGCUUCUCACCCACAAUUCGUGCUCUGGCUGCAGAAAAUGGGAGUCCGGCGAUGCACACGUGCCACGUCAGUUGCGUUGGCUGCGGCUUGCUUUAAAACACACACAGGUGUGGCACACAGGAGAGCGGAAUUAGGUCUCCGCUUCUGUGUGCAAAGUCAGUAAUCCAGGAUCCUUCCCAAUUGCACAGAAGGUGUGUAUUUUGCAUUUGCACGCAUGUUCCAGAGCACAAAUUGUAGAGUGAGAAGUCAACUUUACUGUCAAAAGGGAGGGGGUUCCUAUUCCAGGCCAUUUUGAUUUUGUUGAGCAAGAGGGAGAUUCUUACUGGGGGGGGGGUUGUUCUUUGGGAAAAUUAGGCGGAAUCAUUCUGAUCUCCCUAGGCGUAUGUAGCAUAAUCCUCCUCCAGAGAAUCAGGGUGCUUUGGUCGGUGUUUUCACUGUGGCCAGUUUGGGACUGGCAGCGAAGUGGCUGCUUUGAACUAUUCCUUGGAUGGAGAACUCUUGUCGUUUUUAAAGAGCUGCUAUUUCCAGAGUAGAGACUAUUUAGCGUGGCACUUUGUGGGCACAAAGCUGAAGUUUUCAAGGCGUGUCGAGGUGUCUGUGAGCCCUCUUUCUACCCCGAAGAAUCCCACUUUAGCCCAUCCCGAAUUUGGAAACAUAAGCACCGUCUAAACUGGUCAGUCAGGGAGAUUCCUGGACACGGUUGUUUUUAAAAACAAAACUGGAUUCAGAAGCUUCUGAGCCAUCGCGAAACGGUAUUAAGCAGAGCCAGCAUGGGAGGGGUGCUGAGCUCAAAGCUGCUCUCUCUCUCUCUCUCUCUCAGACACACACAGAACUUCACCCCACCCCCCCACCUCACUGGCUACAAGUCUGGUUAAAAAAGCACAAGGUGCCUAUGAGCAUGCGUGCUGCAGAUGCACAGACGUGCAAGCUUGUGGAAUCCCUCUCUGGAUAGCUGCAGCAUUGCAGCAGGUUUCGAUUUGUUGCCUCGCUCUCUCACGCUGCCCUCCUCCCUCCGUUUCUGCUUCUGCCGCCAACCCAAACUGUUUCCCCUUCUCUCUUCUGACCAUUCUCAAGCUAGCCUGCCUGCCUGCCUGCCUGCCUGCCUCUCGCCCUGGCCCUUGACCCACCAGGUGCCUGUUCCUCCUGCCACCCUCCGGUCUCCUAGGAUUCUGUCAGGGCAGCGGGACACAAAAGAAGGGAAACCGAGCAAAGGUGGCUGGGCGGGGAAUGCCUUCUUUCGAUGGCAGUUCUUGGAACAGAGACUUGGCUGUCUGGUCCUAAUGCACAGGUCAGGUAUCCUUGAGAACCGCAACUCUUUGAGCCAGUUUGACGUAGUGGUUACGAGCACGGACUCUAAUCUGGGAGAACCGGGUUUGAUUCCCCACGCCUCCUCAUGCAUCUGUUGGUG